GAAAUUCUAGCAAUAAUUUGGUGCAAGAACUUGCAAGUUGCAGCGAGAACUUGCACCAACUUGGCACUUGCAUAGUUGCUGAUAGUUGCAUGCACUUGCACGAAAAACUUGCGGUGGGCACACCGUUUUAUAAUAAAUAGGUAAUUGUAAUUUUUAAUAAAGAGAGCAUGUGCAUUGAUGUGCAUGUAGUGUAAAUAGUAAAUACUACAUGAUAAUAAUCAAUUAUUUGUACAGUCAUUGUUUCUUUAUUUCAAUUUAAUUUUUUUAAUAUAUAUUUUUACAUCUUCGGAAUAACUGUUUAAGCAUCAUCACAUGCUUCAUUAGUGGUUAUUUUAUUUUUUAUUUCAUGGACAAUCAUGACUCGUGGAUCAAAUAAUUACAACAAUAAAAUAAAUUGUCUGUUAAUUAUUUAUUUAUUUAUUUUAAAAGCACACAAUGUCGAUGCAAAUUUCUACAAAAAUAAUAAAAUCUUGGUAUUCAAUUUUUUGUAAUAAAUUUAAUUUAGUAAAAAUAUGAUUGAGUUUCAAAAGAUGCUCUUGAUUAGUUGAUAAAUAAAGAUAGGUAUGUAUAACAAGUUGUUGAUUCAUGAUGUAUGAACCAAUAGAGAACAUGUCAUCAAAUAAAUAUACUGACUGUAACAUACUCAAACAUGAGAAUGUUACAAAUGAAUUAAAUGCAAAAUUACGUCGACUAUUGAAUGAUCCAACAAAAAAACAAAUUGACUUCCAAAGAUGUAGAUCUUUGUCUGGUACAAAUUCAUCAGAUACUGAUGUUGAAAAUCAAUUGGACAUAAAUAAUCAAGAACAUUCAGCAGCAUUUUUACAUUAUAAAUAUGAAUAUUCAUUGUUGCAUCAUCGUGGUAGUCCAGUUGUAACAACAAAACCACAAUCAUCAUUAUUAAGUCCAAUAGGAGUUUUCUGGGACAUUGAAAAUUGUCGUGUACCAAAAGGUAGAUCAGCAGCAGCUGUUGCCCAAGUUAUUAGGAAUAAAUUUUUUAAUGGAUACAAAGAAGCUGAAUUUAUUGUUGUUUGUGAUGUAAAUAAAGAAAACAAACAAGUCAUUCAAGAGCUGAAUGAUGCACAGGUCAACUUGAUACACGUUCCAGCAACAUAUAAAAAUGCUGCCGAUGAAAAAUUAAAACAAUCAAUUCGUCGGUUUGCUGAUAUUCAUGGUAGUCCAGCAGCAAUAAUAUUAAUUUCAAGUGAUGUUAAUUUUGCUGCUGAUCUUAGUGAUCUUAGACAUAGAAAAAAGCUACACGUUAUAUUAUUGCAUAAUGAUUAUUCAUCAGAAGCUCUUAUACUGUGUGCAAAUGAACAUUACAACUUUAUGGAACUUAUGGAACCACUUCCAGCAAGAACACCAGCCAAGGUUCUUGAAUGUCAUGACCUUUUAAUUAGCAAUCUUCCAACUCAAAAAGGACUAGGUUUAAUAAGAAGACGAUUAAAAAUUUUAUCUGAUAAUUGUGGUGGACGUGUAAUUGCUGUCAAUGGAAGUACAGCAAUUAUUAGAUUCAGCUCACAAGACUCGGCAGACAGAGCUCAUAAACGCAUGAAUGGUGAAAACGUGUUUGAUUCUAAAAUAACUGUGAAGUUUUUAAAAGAUAAAGAAAAUCGUCGAGCUCAAGAAAACUUGAGUUUGGAUUUAGCAAGUGAAUCUGGAACGGCCACUGCCUCACCAAUACAAAUGUACAGCGUAAAUUCGUCAUCAGCCGGUGGUGCCAGAAGUCUUCCUAGCACACCAUAUUGCCACUCAUCAUCACCAGUUGUUGGUGGAUUUUCUCGAAAUUGGCACAGCAUUCCUCCACCAGCUGAUAUGAUGCUACCAGCACCAAUGUUUGGAGACAGAAAUCGUCAUUCAAGUAAUGGUGAUUUUGGUUAUAAUCGCCAGUAUCCAAAUGCAUCACGUGGACAUUCUCCAAAUUAUUGGCAUGGUUGUGGUGGAACAACAUGUGGACCAUCUCAUCAUUGGGAUGAUUCCCACAGAGUUGAUAGAACACAUCAAGCUCCAACAAAGUGCAUAAAAGUACCACAAAAUCGAGAUAAUUCAUUGAUAUCUGGUCAAACACCUGAAGGAAUGAAACGUAUACAUGGUAGUGGGUUUAAUCAUUCAAAAGAUUUAAAUACACCUCGUCUUCCUUACUAUGGAAUGCCACCAGCUGGUAAUAAUUCAUACAAUGGUGUUAAUAAUUCACAGCAUGGUUGUCUUCAACGUAGAAGUCCAUCACCAUUUUAUGUUAAUCAUAAUUGUGAUGGUGGUAAUCGUUGGAAUGGCCAAAAUCAUUCAUGUAAUCAACAACAACAACAACCACCACCACCACCACCUUCUUCACGUAAUCAAAGAACACCAUCACCAUUCUUUGAUACAAAAAAACAUCAACAACAACAACGUGUUUCACCAUAUCAACAAAGUGGAUCUGAGAGUGAUGAAAUUGAACAUUUUUUUAAUCCAAUACAACACAAUAGUACUAUAGCACAUUCAAAUGGUCCAAGUAUUCCAACAGAAUUACUUGUCACAAGUUUAGAUCAAAGUAUUGAUCCAAAAAAAAUGAAAUUUAUUUUAGGAUCAAUAUUUACUGAACAUGUUAGAGUUUUAAAUAUAUCAACAUUUGUACAAUCUGAUGGUAAUUAUGCAGCAAGUGUUAAAGUUCCAUCACUUCAAGAUGCACAAUAUGCAAUAUCACAACUACAUCGUCGUCGUAUUGGUUAUAAAAGAAUAUUGAUUGCUUAUGCACAUACUGGUGGACCAAAUCAUCAACAAAUAAGAUCACAAAUUAUAUUAUUAUUGCAAGAAGUACCUGGACAUAGAUUACCAUUAUUUAAAUUUCGUGAAAUGUUUGAAAGUCGUUUUUUAACAACUGUCAGUAUAUCUGAUUUAUAUAAAAUGAAAGAUGUUUGUAUUAUAUCUGAGGAUCCUACUGGUAGGAUUAUAUCAUUAAAUCCAGAUCAUAGAAAUACACCAUCACCAUUUCUUGAAAAUAUUUCAGAGAAUGAACAAGUUGAACUGCCAUAUUGUACAGUUCAUAAUAAGCAACCAUGGAUAAAUAAAGGUUGGGCUGAACAAGAAAUGAUAUCAUUACCAAAUGUAACAAUGUCAUUACAAGUAUUGGAAAUUCGUAUCCAUCAAUUGUUGAAAAGUCACAAUGGUAGUUUACCAUUACCAAGUAUAACAACUUGUUAUGAGGCAGUAUUUCAUCAGCCAAUGAAUGUUGAUGAAAAUGGUGUACCAUUGGAGCAUUUAAUAUCAUGUUUAUCAAGUGUUGAGCUACGUCAAGGAAUAAGUAGUGUUAAAUUUAUUGUAUUGGCAAAUAGUCAAAUAACAAAUGAUAAUAAUAAUGAGCCAAUAAUGAGUCCACAAUUAAUAACUCAACUAUCAUUUUUCAGUCGUGAACUUGUUGAUCUUUUAAAGACAGCACCACAUUGUCAAUUAUUAUUUAAUCGUUUAAUACCAGCUUAUCAUCAUCAUUUUGGUCGUCAAUGUAGAGUUGCUGAUUAUGGUUUUACAAAAUUAAUUGAUUUACUUGAUGCACUAAAACAAACAGUACAAGUUAUGGGUGAUGGUAAUAAAAGAAUAGUUACAUUAACACAUCGCGCACAGGCACGUCGUUUUACAUCUGAUCUUCUUCGUAUAUUAAAAUCACAAGCAAGUAAACAAAUAACACUUAGUGAAUUUCCAAGUGCAUAUGAAAAAGUCAUUGGUAAAACAUGGAAUAUUGUUGAUUAUGGUGUAUGUCAAAUGCAUGACAUAUUAAUUGAAGUAUCAGAAACAACUGUUGUUGUUACAAAUAUCAAUGAUAAUGAUAAAUUAUUGGCAAUACCAAUGAGAGAACAAACACCAGAAGAAAUUGAAAAAACAAAACAAUUUUCAGUUCAAGUUAUUGAGUUACUUCGUCAUGCACCACAGUGUAGCAUGUUAUUUAAUAAAUUUGUUCCAUCAUAUCAUCAUCAUUUUGGUCAUCAGUGUCGUGUAUCUGAUUAUGGUUUUUCAAAAUUAAUUGAGCUAUUUGAGGCAAUGCCAGAUGUUGUUACUAUUGAAGAUACAAAUUGUGGUGAAAAACGUAUCAGUCUUACUGAAAAACAAAGUUGGAAUGUAUUAAAAGAUCAAAUUGUUAAACUAAUAUCAAAAACAAAUGGCAGUAUUUAUGUAUCCAAAAUACCACAAAUGUAUUUAUAUGAUUAUGGAUAUAUGCUACGUCCAGAACAAUUUAAUUGUAAAUCAAUACUUGAUGUAUUAAAAAAAUUAAAUGGUAUUAUCAAUUUAAUUGAUACACAAGAUGGUAUUAAAGUUGAAUUAACUGAUGUAUCAUAUUCAGAUCAAAUUCGUCUUCAAUGUCGUAGAAUAUUAAUGGAACAACGUGACCAUCGUCUUCCUAUAAAUGUAUUUCAACAUUUAUAUAAACAAUACUAUGGACAUAGUUGUAAUUUUGAUGAAAUUAAAAAUAAUUUAUCUGAUACCGUUGAAUUUGCAUUUGAUAAAAAUGAUGAAUUUAUCAAGCUAACACCAAUUCAACGUUUUGCAUAUAAUAUACAAAAAAUUAUUAUAAAUAAUAAUGGUAAAAUACAUCUUGAUAUGUUAGAAAUUACAUAUAAAAAAGUCAUUGGAGAAGAAUGUAAUUAUAUGAAAUUUGGUUAUUCAAAUUUAUCAUCAUUAUUACAAUCAAUGUCAUAUAUUUUUAUAAUAUCAAGUACACAUAAUAAAAAACAAGUGGUAUAUUUAAAUAAAAAAAUGGCUGAUUUUGGUAUUGAAUUACCAUCAAUUAUAAUGUCACCACAUUCUUAUCAUAGUCCAGGUAAUUCAACACAUGAUGAUAAUAAUAAUAAUGCAUACAACAAUAGUAUGUGGAUUAAAAAUCAAAAUUAUUGGGAUGUUAUUAAAUUAGCUGGACAAGUUGGACAACAACAACAACACCAACAACAGCAACAACAAGAGUCAUCAUCAUCUGUACAAUCAGGUUUUUAUAAUAAUGAUUAUUACUCAUCUAUUUAUCACAAUGAACAUUCAAUAUCACCAAAAACGGAUUCAUCACCAGACAGUGAUGAGUUGGCUAAAUUAAAAAAUAAAAAAUCAGUAUGGAAUACACCACCACAACGUCCUUAUGAUGCAUAUGAUACAUGUAUUGACAUACCAUCAUUUACUGUACCACAAUGGGAUGAUUUUAAUGAUGAAACAAAUUUAUUAUCACCAACAAAAAAUUUAUUACCUGCUGCUGCUAAUCCAUUGAAUCUACCAAAUUCACCAUUUUAUAAUGAUAAAUUACAGCAUGUUAUUGCACCACAUCCAUCUGAAUUACCAUUACCUUCACUUGCAUUGUCAUCAAAACGUGAUAAACAAACAAACAAUGAAGGUAUUACUGAUUCACGUUCACUUGGUAAUUCAUUAGAAAUACAUAGUCCAAAUAAUUCAGGCUAUUAUAGUUUAUCAGAAAGUGAUUCAUCAGCAUUAUUAAAUGUUACACCAAGUAAAAGACAAUUGAUGGGUAAACGUCGUCUUGCUGCUCAAUUUGGUUCACCAAUUGAUGAAUAAAUUUAAAUAUUAUUAUCAUCAUUAUUUAGAUUAGAGUAACAGCAUAUUAAAAACAAUCUGGUUAUCUUCUUGAUGAAGAAAAAAAACAUGAAGUCAAAGAAAAAUAAGUAAAUAAUUGAUUUAUAUAUAAUUUUUAAUGAUGAUUGCUUAAACUGGUGGCAUUUAUUCAAGACUGUGAUACAAAUUAUAAUAAUAAAAACAUCACAAUCAAAAUCAUCAAUACGUAAAGCUAAGUAAUGAAAAAAUAUUAUUGUGAAAUUCAAAAUAAGGCUGUUUGCACAAUUUAGAAAUAUUAAUUGAUCAUUUAAUUUGUAAAUAUAUAUUUAAUUUUUAUCUAUUUUAUUUCUUAUUUACAUGAUAAUUAUGAGCUUAUGAUGACAUUUAGAGAUUUAAUUUUUUUGUUUUCUAAAUCAUCAAUUUUAUCUAGUUUGUUAAGUUGCAAUCUAAAUUCAUUAUUUUGGCACAAUUAAUUUAUAUUAAUUUAGAUUAUUUAUUUAUUUAUUUUUGGAAAAUAUUAAAAAUAUAUUUCAAAAAAAAUCAUCAAACAUGAUGAAUAAUAAUCAAUUGAUUAAAAUAGAAAAAAAAAAUAUGUACAUUUUUAAUAAUUCAUAAUAGUCAAAUGAAUAAUACCUGAAUUUUAAUUUAGCGAAAAAUAAAUAAAUAAAUAUAGGUAGAAAUAAUUUAUGAAUAAUAUUUUUCAGAUAACAUAUCUAAUUUAUAAAAUAAAUAAUACUCAGAUAAUUUUAUUUAUUAUUGUGAUAAUGAUGUGAGUUAUCCAAAAAAAAAAAUAUUCAAAUAAUUUGUAUAGAGUUUGCCAUUAAUUAAUUUUUUUAACGAAAAAAAAAGGAAAAAGAAAAGAAAAAAAAAAACAAAAAAAUGAUAUAGUA